AUGGGAUCUCAUUCUGCUAGGGGGCUGGGAAUAGAACCGGGGCCCCAGCCAUCUGAGCAGGCAAGGAAUACAGCGUUGGGCAAGGAGGCCCUGACCCGGUUGAAUCAGAUCAUAUCGAAUUAUCAUACGAAAGCUGCUUUGAUUAUCCUGCACUCGCGAGUCGCACUGCCUCUUUCCUUUAACAAGGGAUCCGAGUCUCCGAGAGUCAACCGCUGGUUCAACGUCGAGUUAGAUGACACAGAUGUGCUUCGGGAACCCCUGCGACCUUGGAGGACAUGCGACGCAACAGAUAAUCGACCACCCCCUCUCGUUAUCGAAACAUACCUAGACACGAAGGGCCUCACAAAUAACCAGAGUUUGGUGAUUCUUGAUGAAAAUGGGAAGCGAUGGGAUGUACGCGAGUCGCUCGCGGCGCUUCAGGGUGCUCGCGCAAAGCCAUACCAGUCGGAUGAUGAUGAGAUCGUUUUGGAGCGAUGGAGAAUCGAGUUGGGAGAGUCGUCAAGCAGGCUGCCAGCUGAUUUAGGCUCCAUCCUGCCAACCGUGUAUAAGAAAAGCAUUGUGCUUUUCCGGUCAUUAUUCACGUACUCCAAGUUUCUGCCUGCGUGGAGAUUCGUCAAGCGCAACAAAAAGUUACGGCCGAGUCCGGCUCUUCAGAUCAAAUAUCGCGUGGUGGAUGGGAGUGCUCCGCGUUAUGAUCCUUCAUUGGACCCUUUAACAGUACAGUUGAGUGAGGGAAGUGAGAAGGUGGUGGACACAUACAGCUUUGGGGUAACAGAGUCUCCCGCGGGUCCCUUUUCAGUUCAGGUCACGUAUCGGACGAAUUGCGAUUUCCGCGUGGACGAUUCCGAGGCGAUUUUGAGCUCGCGGUUUAUGGGUGCUGAUGACGAGAUAUUCCGUCCAUCUUUACCUUCAGAGGAUGUCCCUCGCCCGAAUCCAGAGGUCGGAUCUGUACCAGUGGAGAGAAGGACAGUUGAAAGUCCAGAUUGCACGCGCGCAUAUGGAAGUCUCUCAACCUUUCAUCAGGUCGGCCCAACAACGGGUGCAAGCCCUCUAUCAGCACUUCGUGCACUGAGAGGUUCUGGUGGCGCGUCUCCUUCCCCAACAGACUCACCCAAAAAACUUCUUCCUCCUGCCAAAGUUGUUCCCUCAGGACGCGCUGCUCAAAUUGCCGGCGAAGAAGGUGUAAGCCUUCCACGCCGUCCCUCCAUUUCAUUCCAACCUUUCAAAGCUCCUCCUCUUUCUGCUUCCCCUGCUGUAGCAGACUCUCCUUUGGGAGUAUCUCCCCGCAACAUGUCUUCGCGUAUUCCCACAGGCACCUCUGCCGAUUCACGCGUUAUGCCGCCUCCUUCUUCUGCUGCUUCAGCGCGCAAACCAAUAGCGAUCGCAUCAGAACAAACUAUAUCAUCCCCUAAUUCAGCAUCUCCCAAACCUGCUCCUAUAUCUCGAUAUAGCAGUUCCUUUAGCCACCGACGAGGUCGACUUUCAUCAGGAGCAAACCGACUGGAAGACGAUAUUUCCAGCGGCCGAGCGAGCGCGACAUCAUCUAAUGCCCAUCCGGGAUCCGGCCUGCUCACAGAAGCUACAGGUACGAGCGCGGAGUCUAUUCACGCCGAUGAUGAAAACAUCUCCGACUUCCUAAAGAUGCUAGAUUCCAAAAGGGAUCUCAUGAGUUCAUCUACCACUGUAUCUGUUAAGCCCAGUCCUCGGCAGCCAAAUGCUACAGCAGCGGCUCUUGCUCGUUUCCGCGGCAUGCGCGAUUCAAAUGCAGCUUUAUCAGACUCAAUGUCACAAUCUAUGCACAUGCAUCGCUCUUCCAUCUCUUCGAGCAAGCAACUGUCAGGGGUCCCGCCGAUGGUUGCAGGCACCUCCAUCUCUACAGCCUCUUCCCCGGGGAAACCAAUAUCCCCACACACACCUCACACUCCUGCCAUCCGUUCCCGUCUGAGCUCGAACAGCGUUGCCGAUGAUCUUGAAACCGACCAUCGCUCAAGAAUGCCUCGUAUACAACAUGACUCGCCGCUUGAAGAGCAACAUUGUGAAAGCUCGCGAGGCCCCUCCUCCACCGCAGGGGCUAUUGACAUCCCGACAUCCCCGCAAAUAUUCGAUCCUGCCUAUCGUCGCUCGAGCUCCGCAGCCGUGCGCCGUCCAGUUGUUACCAGUGACGACGAUGAGAUCUUCCCAUUCGGCAUGCGGAGCUUGAGUCUCGGGGUCGAUGAACCCUCGAACGCCACCGUGGCAGCGGCCCAACAGCAAAACGAGUCCGAGAAAGGUCAACGAUCAUCAGCUAAGGGCCAAGGUGGUCCCACUAGCUCUACAACCGGCCCAUAUAGGGACGGUGCUUCCCUCCGUGGCCAGAUGUCGGGACCAACAGGGGCCUCAGCGUCCUCGAAUCCUCAUAUAUACCAACCCCGGUUCGCCAGCUCCCGCGGCCGUGGCUACUCGGGCGGGCAUUCCCUUAGCUCAGCCUCCAGUAGCCUCGCCCGAGGCGCCAAUCUCCCUCCUCACCUCGUGGAGCGCGACCAGGAUCGCGACGGCAAUGCCAGUGGCAGCAACAGCGGCAAUUCGACCCUUGAGAUCCGUCGCGGUUCUGGCCAGCGGCCAGGCACAGGCCGGACGCUGUCAGCCCAAGCGACCGAAGACGACGAGCCGCUGCUUUUUGCCAUGAGCGACUUUGGAGCCUCGCGGCGCAGCCUCGAGGAAGGUCGACAUGGGAACCACGGCGGAGCAGAGUCGGCGGCUGGGUCACGACGUGGUAGUGGAAGACGCGGAGCAGGGCUCCCCGGCUUCCAUGUCUGGUCGUGA